AGACGAGUUCCCUUCUCAUGUACCGAGACGCAGGCGCCAAAACAAAAAAACAUCGCCGAUCAGAAGAGACGCAGAGAUGGAAAGUUUGUCGUCACUGCCAUGAAAAACAAGAUUCUACUUUUUUCUCCAUCCAUUCUAACUACAAAAUGUCAAAUAAUGAAACAGAAACCACCCCAUCCCGAAUCGUUGGCUUCUACGCCGACUGGGAACGCACCGAUAUCACGUCUCAUCAGGUUGCCAAGUUAACUCAUGCAGUCUUUGCGUACGUUCAGAUGAAGUUUGAUGGUUCCUUGGGAUUCAAGAAUGACGCGGCGAGAAUUCGAUUUUCGAAUUUGCGGGAUAAAGUGAGAAGAAAUGAGGAUUCUAAUGUGAAAAUGAUGAUUUCAAUUGGUGGAUUUGAGAAUUCACAGCACUUUUAUCCAGUUUUGUCAAAUGUGGAGAUGAAAAAAGCCUUCCUCAACUCCAUCUCAAGCUUCCUCGCUUACCACGAGCUCCACGGAGUCGAUAUUUUCUGGAAGUGGCCUUCGCCAGAAGAUAAAGCCCAUUACUCCAGAUUUUUAGCGGAUCUCCGCCAGCAUUUAGGCUAUGAGUUUAUAAUAUCCGUGGCAGUACCCCAAGCAGAAGUAAGCAAUUUGGAGCUGGGCUACGAUUUGAGAACAAUUUCAAGCCACGUGGAUUUCUUCAAUGUGCAUUCCAUGGACUACUAUGGGCCGUGGCCGAAUGAAUGGGGGAAGCCAACCGGGCCGAUCUCUCCGCUGUACGGGCCUACACGUCAUAAUGUGGACUGGACUUUGAGAUACUAUGCCGAGAAGACAGGUGAGCCUGGAAAGUUAAACAUGGUGAUUCCAUUCUUUGUGCGGCUCUGGAAAAAUGUCCCGGAGCCCGUUGAGCCGGGACGGCAAGUGUUCCGAGACGUGGAGCUUGUGGAUAACAAGCCUCAGGGAGAAGCCUACAUGUCUAGAUGGUCAGCACAGCAUGAGGAGUUGGAUCUAAGCCCAGCUGAUUGGGAUGAAGAGACUAGAAGCUCCUAUACCUGGAACCCGGACACCAGGAACUUUGUAACAUUUGAGACCGACAAGAGCAUCCAGGAAAAGAUGAAAUAUGUGAAGGAGAAGAAUCUUGGAGGAGUAUGGAUCUGGCAUGUGGAUGCGAAUGAGAAGCUGCUGGAUUCGGUUCGGUUUGAUGGAGAAGGAGUGGUGGAUGAUCAGGAGUACAGGGAAAUCGGAUUGGACAUUAGUUCUUUGUCAUGACUCUACUUAUGACAGUCUACAGCAGUCUAAAUAUGUACAGUAUAAACCAUAAUACAUUUAAUUGCUGAUUAAUAAAGGUUUUAUAUUAUAAAAUAUCUUUCGGGCAAAUAAAAGUAUACGCUUGAA